AUCCCAUCCCGCUCCCCCUCAUUUCGAAAAAGCAAACCCCUCUCUCUCUCUGGGUUUUUUCAUCUCCUCUUCCAGAAGCAAGAGAUGGCGACGAACAUUGGGAUGAUGGAUUCUGCAUACUUCGUAGGAAGAUCAGAAAUCCUUGCCUGGAUCAACUCAACCCUCCAACUCAAUCUUUCUAAAGUCGAAGAGGCUGCAUCUGGUGCGAUCCAGUGCCAGCUGAUGGAUGUCGUCCACCCAGGGGUAGUGCCUAUGCAUAAGGUCAAUUUUGAAGCCAAGAGUGAGUAUGAGAUGAUCCAGAAUUACAAGGUCCUUCAGGAUGUCUUCAAUAAACUCAAGAUUACAAAGCACAUUGAAGUGAAAAUGUUAGUGAAGGGAAGACCCCUUGAUAACCUGGAGUUCAUGCAGUGGAUGAAGAGAUACUUUGACUCUGUCAAUGGUGGAGUUCUGCACAAUUAUAAUCCCCUGGAGAGGAGAAAAGCUUGCAAAGGUGGAAAAGAAGCAAGCAAGAGGACUGCAACUACACAAGCUUCAACCAAAACCUCAACGGUUGCCACCAAAACUCAAUCCUCUCACAACAGCCGAUGGAAUGAUGCAUCUGCUGUUAUCUCGACUAAUCCGACCAUCAAGACUACAAGACCUGCUUCUAAUGGAGCUGCUGCUUUUAAUGGACGCCCUGUCUAUGAUGAACAGAUCACAGAGCUGAAGCUCUCAGUGGAUACCCUUGAGAAGGAGAGGGAUUUCUACUUUUCAAAAUUGAGGGAUAUUGAAAUUUUAUGUCAGUCUCCUGAGAUUGAGCAAUUACCGAUUGUUGCUGCGAUACAGAUCAUAUUAUAUGCCACUGAUAACAAUGGAACAGCGGUGGCAGAAGCACAAGCGAUGAUAUCCCAGAGCCAGAGUCAUCCAAAGCCUUGGAAUCCUGAUCUUGAGGUAAAAGAAGAAAAGCCAAAGAUAGAAAGUCAAAAGCGGAAAAAUAUCUUCACUUCGGAGGUUGAUAGUGCAGCCAGUUUAACUUUGUCUCCAAGGCAUAGGAAAUCUGAUGCAUCUGAUGUCCAUUGCAGUGGGUCUCCACUCGUUAGUUGUUGAUAUCAAUCCUGUGUCUAUGAAUCAAGAUACUUUGAUCGUAUCAGGUUGCCAAACUAGCUUCCUCUUUCCAGUUUGUCCUUAUUUCUGUUGUGGUUAUAUAGCAGCGAAUGAUAGAUAUAAUCCCAUCGACAGCAAGAUGGGGAUAUUAAUAGCUUAUACACCCAAUUGGUUUUGAUUGUUCUCUUUCCUUACUACUAUUCAUUUCAUGAUAAGCCGAUCUCUUUCCUUCAGUUGUAUCUAUUUUAUUCCAGCACUUCAGGAUUACUAUGGGGGAGGGGUUUGAAAGUGAUUCCAUUUAAGUAUCGCUUUACAUCACUUGAGAGUUGGCUGAAUUUGUAGUAACUGGCUGCUUUGGAUAUCAUUGUUUCCAUCUGAGGAAUGACCUAUCUUAAAAUAUUUUAACUUCAAUUGAAUUUCUUUUAUCUUAA